UCUUUGCAAUAAUUUCCCACGCACUUGUUUUCUGCCAGGCGUCAUUUGUAUUUCGUAAAUAGUUUUUUUUUUCAUAAUUAAACGAAGUAGACUGAUAUUUAAACAAUUAAACAUGAAGAAAGUAAUCUUUUUAUGUUUGUUAUCGCUGUCCGUGUGCUUGAGCAAACCAGCUGAAAAUCAAGCUGCUCCUCCCGCGACGACAGCUGACGCCAAAGCGCCAAGCGCGAUAGAGCCGACGCACCCAGUUCCGCUAGCCACAGAAGCACAGCCUCCGGCCAAAGAACCAACGCCGACGGAGAAAGAGAAAGCUGCUCCCGCCCCCACAGUCCCCACACCACAGAACGACAAAGAAAAGAAAGAAACGGCACCGACAAAAGAAACAACAACGAAAGACGCCCCAAAACCUACAGAAGACAACAAAACUCAAAACAAAGAGGAAGAAAAGAAAGAGGCACCUAAACCCAAAGAAGGAGUCGCACCAACCGUUGCAGCUGAUACUAAAACAGUUACAGAGAAAGCGGCCACUGACAAAGCUGAAGAAGGAAAGGCCAAAGAAGGGACCAAGCCAUCGAAAGAUGUCACCCCUAAACCGAGUGAGGCACCAAAAUCCACUGAAACCCCUAAAUCAGACAAGGACGCUCAUAUUGUCGCAUCGGGAGGAUUUAGCGGCCCCAGCUUCAUCGGAGGCAUCAUACUGACCCUCGGUCUCCUGGCCAUUGGAUUCAUGGGAUUCAAAUAUUACAAGAAUCAAACCGAGAGAAACUAUCACACUCUUUAAAUUUUAAAUCUCACUCUCUAUAAUUAUUAUUACUUGUAUAAGUGCACAGAGCUAUGUAUAUUUUGUUUGUAAUUUGUAAUGUAAGUAAUACUUUUUUUUUUGUUAUACAGGAGGAUUAUUUUAUGUUACUUCAUGUUGUGCACUUGGUAUAAUAUUGUAUGUGUAUUUAAAAAAACUGAUCAACAGGGUUCCUGUAGUAUCGAUUUUCUAAGUGUAGCUACAUUUUUACGGUGAACGGUCACUAAUUAUAAUUUUCGAAUUUAUAGCUUAAAAUAAUAUAUUUUUAUGACUCACAGAAUAUUGUAGAAUUUUAGUGUUUUAAGCUCUUUAGUUAUUGGCAUUUAACUCAGCUUUUUUUUUGUUUAAACGUAAGUGGUCUUUGUAUAUAUAUGUGUAACUCGGUGUUUCCCUCUUCAUGUUUUUCUCAUGGGAUUAGCUUGAUGUUUUGCUAAUAAUAAUAUAGUGAAUAAUAUAAAAAAAAACUAUUUUCAGUAAAAAUAAAGUUGUUUAUCACAUGUUUUGAGAUGUAAAGUUUAAACAUUUUCAAGUGCAAUUUAGUGUAAGCAUUUAAAUUUUUAUUUUAUGUACUGUGCCAUGACUUGGUUCUAAACUUUUUUUUUUACAGUAGUGUUCCAUAGAUUAUGCGAUAUGAGAUUGGUUUUUUUUUUUCAAUAAAUUGUAACCAAUGAUCUGUGUCAAGCUGCUAGACUAGUGCUGUAGUAGCAAGACUGCAGUUGAGAUUUGAAACUGACCAUUUCCAAUAAUUCUAAGUCAUUAUAAUGUGCGUAAACCUAAGCUAUACAAUCCGGCUAUAGUUAUUUGAUUCAAUAUCAGUAAUUGACAGACCAAAGAAAAUGUGAGAGCUUCGAUGAUUUCAUUGAAGAAUUAGUAGCUGUAUCGCAUAAUGUGGAAUAUUACUGGUUCAAUAAAUUCAUACCACAUAAAAAUGCUAUAUCCUCACCAAAAGUAUUUAGUUUUAAGCAAAUUAAAUAUUAACAUAAGGAAAAUAUUGUGAUGCAUAAAGUAAAGGACUGGUGUUUUUUUUAAAUAAUAUUGGUCAGGCACAAUCAUCCCGAAUCUCACUGUAUAUAAUUUUCUUAAAACCAGAACUUCAAUGCAAACUUUAUUUUAACCCAAAAUAAUAUAUCUAAGCCAAGGUGAUCAAUCAUAUAGUAGAAAAUAAUUUGUAAUAUUAACUUUUGUUUAACUAUAAGAUAAAAUAAUGGGACAGAUUUGAAUUUUGCUUUUUUAAUAAUAUUAUUUUUAUAAAAAAUAAGCUUAUGAAUUUUAGUUAAGUAGAUAUUUAUAAUUUUGUCUAUGGUUAAUCUCAAUUUUGUUUUCACUUUGGCUCUUUUGAAUCUCCUUCCACAGAAUCUUAGGAAAUGCUUGUGCCGAACCAAUUUGUUAUUAUUUAGCAUGACUUGAUUUGAUGAUGGUUUAGUAAAGUUGAUUCCAUCCUAAAGUGCUCUUAAAUCAGAUCUAUUUACGAUUAAUUCAAAAGCUAUGUUACUGAUGUCAGGCAAUAGUUGUGUUAAAUAAAGUAUAUAUACCAAAAAAA